AGUUCCCCUUCCAGAGUAGUUGAGGCCUGUGGGCAAGUGGGCAACCAUCCCGCACCGGGGCAACCCAAGCGCUAAUAUCAAUGCCUGAGCCGGUCGCUGUAGAACUCUCCGACUCCGACGACGAUCGCCGCAGCCCAGAUGGUGAUUCCCGUCCUCACGAUACUAUUGAUCUCUCGACUCCCCUGGCAUUCAUCUUAAAGAAGCAAAGAACAGCUCUCGAUUCGAACCCCACUGUUUUCGUCAUCGAUGAUGAGCAUACCCCAGAGACGCCUGCUCUCGGUCUCACGGCAUCCGCUUCCAUUCCUUCCUUCGUGCCUGAAACCCCGUUCUCUGGCCUCUCGAAACAGGAUUUAUCCAUGAUAAAAUUCUCCAAUUUCUCGUCUCCAAUAUUAAAUGCCGGCUCCUCAGGACCGUCUUUCGUUGAGGAGACACCCAUACAUAAGUCAAGACUCAAUUUUUGGCUAGCCAAAUGCACGAAGGGCGUUGAGGGUCCUCAAAACCUAACCUCUUCAGUCACAAACAUAUAUAAAAGUUCAGGGACUAACGGACUGAUCUGUUUGGAUUCUGAUAGUGAAUCUGAUGAUAUUAGUAAGUUUGAAUCCCAGAAGAGUUAUGACAGGAUUGGUUUCACUGUUGAAAUGGAAGGUGGAACAAAAGUGAGCUCCAGAAUUUGUCACUCUACUUGUUUAAUUGGUAACACCAAUAUUGUGGAAGCAUCAGCUAGGGAUUCUAAGCCAACUUCAUUUCAAAGUGAUGCCCAUUUGGUUCAAAAAUCAAUUUAUUGCCACCAUUGCAAUACAGAUCUGCCGCCGUCGCCGCCAACAGGAGAUAGAUCUGCUCCAUCGCCAUUGUCGCUGCCUGCGGCCGUUGCUGCUGAUGGCGAUCAACGUCUCUGUGAAGAAACUGACGGAUUGGAGCCAUUUAUAAAGGCUUUGAAACCAAAGAGUAAAAACAGAGAUAACUCAGGUAGGGGAAAUAAAAUAGAUGAAGCAAGGGAGAGAAAAAAGAUUUUGAAGGACGAACAGCUUCGUUUAAAGGAUGAAAAAAAACUGCAGAAAGAACAAGAGAAAAUGCUGAAAGCCGCUCAGAAAGCUGAAGCUGCAGAGAUGAAAAAGGUGCAAAAAGAAAAGCAGAAGUGGGAAAAGGGAAAAUUUGCCCUGAAGUCAAUUGUGGCGCUCAUUGAUACCAGAAUAGUGGAACUAGGUCCAAUAGGAGGUCAUUUAAUAACAAGACUUGCAGAGAAUGGCAUUUCUUACCGAAUAACAUCAAAUCCAAUCGAAAAAUCUAUUCUAUGGACUAUGGGCAUUCCAGAACAAUUAUCUCAGAUUCCUUCUGAACCUGUCGACAUUAAAUAUGUGUUACUUUUAUAUGAGGCUGAGGAAUUCUGCAACCUUGUCUUGAAUGGGUAUCUCCUGGAUCAUGCUUCCAAUGUCCGGAGCCUUUAUCCAUUGCAUCAGAUCUGUUAUCUCACAAACAAGCUUAUGGCUUACAUUAAUAAAAGGGAACAAUGCCAGUACAAGGACCCCGCCAAUAGUUCUUGUUGGAAGCGCCCGCCAAUUGAGGAGGUGUUGGCUAAAUUAGCCACUCAGUUUGUGGGGGUGCAUUCUAGACAGUGCAUCGAUGAAGCUGAGGUAGCAGAACAUGUUCUGGGAUUAACAUGUAAUCUUGCAAUAUGCCAAUAUAGGAAGAAGUUAUCUCGAUUAUCAAUAAAUGCAAAUGGAUCCCUUGUUCCCAAGGAUUGUGCUGACAAGGAUCUGAUAAAGAAAAGCACAUGGUUGAAAGCACUGCUGGCGAUUCCUAAGGUACAACCACGAUUUGCCAUCGCUAUAGGGAAGAAGUACCCAACAAUGAAAUCUCUCUUGAUAGCAUACAUGGACCCAAAUAUAUCUGUACAUGAAAAGGAGUUUCUGCUAUCGGAUCUUAGAAUAGAAGGUUUGCUUGGGGACAACAGAAGAUUAGGAGAGAUUUGCUCAAAGAGAGUGUACAGAAUAUUAAUGGCCCAAUCAGGAGGCCUCAUAGCCGAUGAUAUUGAAAGCGGGUCUGAUUUCUUUGGCCACCACAAACCAGUAGGCCUAUAUGACUUUGACGGUUAGGAUGUUGCUGUAAAUUCUGUAGCAUUUGGUAAGUAAUCAAGGAACCUACUACCACCUCACCUCACACAACAAUCAACUGGUACAAGAUAUCUCAACGUUUAAUAGUAUAAAAUGAGUUAUCUGUCUCACCCUCUCUUUUAACUUUUGUAAAAUGACAUUUUCAUAUCAAGAAUGUGAUUGGAAAGGGUGGGUGCGGACACCAUUUCAACUUUUUCCAAAAGGAAAAGGAAAUACUUGUGUGCCGACAAACAUGACUGCUCUUAUCACCAAUAGUUUGUUUCUCCCGUAUGUCAUGUGUGAUCUUGUUUGAUUUGUCUUAACAUAUAGAUUAUUAAUAUAUAAUUUCUAUAAUUUUUUAAUAUACAAAUUACAAGAUAAAAUGGAUUAAAGAAGUGCAUUGGAUGGUGUGUAAAAAUGAAAGUGGACAAAUACUCUAGAACGGAGGUAGUAUCUUAUUUGACAUAUGAGGCUUCAGGUCUAGAAAAUAAAUGAAUUACGGAGUAUUUGAAUAGCUUGAACUGNUAGAGGGUUAUUUGACUGACCGCGAAGUUUGGCGAAGUAUAUAUUCCCUCCGUCCCAGAGUAUUCGUCCAGUUUUGACUUUUAAAAUGUUCAUCUAAGCACUUUGACUCAUCAAAUUCUCUCAAUGUGUAAGCCUAAAUAUAGUCAUGUGUGAUCUUGUUUGAUUUGUCUUAACAUAUAGAUUAUUAAUAUAUAAUUUCUAUAAUUUUUUAAUAUACAAAUUACAAGAUAAAAUGGAUUAAAGAAGUGCAUUGGAU